AUGCACGAUGGGAUAGGAUAUCAAGAAUAAAGUCGGAAGGUCAUAAGAAAUUUUCUCUCUCCAUUUAACCAUAAAUAACUACUAGAAUACCCUUUAUAUUGCCAUACAAAACAGCCAGUAUGUCAGUACAAACAUCAGGACCUCAAGUUCCACAGCCAAAGUCGUGGGAACUUAGUCUAUAUGAGCUUCAUCGCACUCCUCAAGACUCAAUAACAGAUGACACAGAGAUAUCUAUAUCACCACGUAGCCUUCACAGUGAACUAAUGUGUCCAAUCUGUCUGGACAUGCUGAAGAAUACCAUGACGACAAAGGAGUGUCUUCACAGAUUUUGCCAAGAAUGUAUCAUUACUGCACUGAGAAGUGGAAACAAAGAAUGUCCAACAUGUAGAAAAAAAUUGGUGUCAAAAAGGUCACUGCGACCAGAUCCAAACUUUGAUGCCCUGAUCGCAAAGAUUUACCCAGACAGAGAAGAAUAUGAAGCUCACCAAGAAAAAGUCCUACAGAGACUAAACAAGCAUCAUAACCAGCAAGCCUUGACCACAAGUAUUGAAGAAGGACUAAAGUUACAAGCAUUAAACAGAGCUCAAAGAGUGAGAAAGCGAUCAUCAGAAGACCAGUCUCAACCCCAACCACAGACCACUUCAGGUGAAGCAGGCAGCACAGACACUUCCACACCCACAAACCGUAAAAAAAUGAAGACUACAUCUGAUGAAUCUGAUGCAAGUGAGAACACAGUAGAUUCCACUGGCGAAGCAAACAUGGAAGCUGGUGAUAACGUCAGUGAGAUAGAGCUGGUGUUCAAACCACACCCAAAAGAUCAUGAUCCUGAGACAGUGGCCCAACAGACACGUUACAUCAAGACAACAGCAAAUGCUUCAGUUGACCAUUUAGCAAAGUAUCUGGCAAUGAGACUAGCACUAGAAUCAAAAACAAAUGAAGUAGGCACCAGCAAUGGCCAAGAACCGCUAACUGAAAAUACAAACUUUACCAUCUAUAUUGCUAGCACACCAGGGCAGUAUACUCAAUUAGCUGGAUCCAUGAGCUUGGAGCAUGUGAAUGAAAAGUACUGGAAGGUAAACAAGCCUUUGGAGAUGUACUACGCUGUUGCUGCUAAACAGAGCUAAUCAAACCAUGGCUACUUUGAAAUAUAAAUGUAUGACCAAGUGCAGCAAAUAUAAACAAGAACACUAUCUUCAAUAGAAUGGCCAAGCUGGGCCAAAUACUUCACGCCACAGGGACUGCAGAGUAUAGUUUUGCCUGAGGGAGCUACGUGUAAUUGUAAUGAUUGGGAGGGGGAGGGGCUAAAAUGAUGUAAUGCUAUGUCUUGACAUGCAUGCAUACAUGUAUAUGUAUGAUUCUGAAAUAUUGGCCAGGGAGGGGCACAAGCCUCCACAUGCCUUCCUUCUUUCUCGUUAAGAAUGCUUGAAAUGGAUUAGUAUAGAAUAUCUUUAGACCCAUUGCGGCACAUUGGAAUGCAGCUCAACUUGGAAGACAUAACAAUUCUUCAUUUGCACAUGAUGUCAUAGUCGCCAUGUUGGAUGAAUUCGACAAAAGCAUUGUCAGUAAAUUCUUUUGUUUUAUCAUGCAGCAUGGCUGCCGUGUGUUUUGUUAUUUCACUCCCUUAGGAAUUACUGAAAACAAGCAAUGGGUUUCCAAUUCUCAGGAGAUUGAAAUUCUUUUGUUUUGUCUUUCAAAUUGAGCUGCUACGACAUCACAUGCAAGGGGUCUAUGAGUAAUAGAGUAAAUGAAAAACAAAAAACAAAUACAAAAGAAUAAAUGGAUGUAAUUGAAUUUUAAGUUGAACCAUUACUAGUAGUCUUCUAGUAGUGGGUUCAUGGAUUGUAUGAAGGGCCAUGUGGCCUACUCUGUGAUUCCUACAACAUAACAGAUAUGGGAGUCUAGGCAAUCACCCUCUCACCCUCUGUCUUUUUCUGUGAAUAAUGUCAAAAAACGAAUGCAAGGGAGACUAGUCUUUCUUUAGUUCUUCAGUCAGUUGGAGAUGGAAAAAUAAGUUGGGAUCCCUGUGUUAGGAUGACCUUGACAUGUGUCCAAGAUGGCGGACGAGGGUGACUUUGCAAACUCAAACAUUCAACCUUUAAAAAAAGAAAAUUUACUGCAUAAAUUAAGAAGAUAGCUUA